CUUUGGCAAAGUCACAGUGUUACAGUGGCUUGCUAACAGUGUGGGCUAAAAGGAGGGAGUGCCAUUCAACUUAAUCAGUUUCUGGGCAUCUUAUAUUUCCCAUGAUGAUGCACCCAGUUUCUCUCCUGCUGAUAGCAGGAUUCCUGCACCUUAGUGUCGCCAACGGGGUUGACCCACUGUCCUGGUUCUACCGUAUGCACCCCUUGGCUAUCAUGGAACCUGACAGCACCGGAGGAGAUUGUCCAGCUGAGUGCGACUGCCCUCCAACCUUCCCUAUUGCCAUGUACUGCAACAACCGUGGCAUGAAACAAAUGCCAUACAUCCCCUCUCGAAUGAAAUAUAUCUAUCUUCAGCACAAUCUAAUAACUUCGGUGUCAGACGAAGCAUUUAAAAAUGGCACCAACCUCGUGUGGGUCAUGCUUCACGAGAACCAGAUUGCAGAGAUAGGAAAACAGACCUUUGCCAGUCUGGUGAAUCUGGACCGCCUGUACUUGAGUGGCAACAACCUGAGUGAGGUGCCAUCUAACCUACCUCACACUUUACGUGACUUGCGCCUCAACCACAACAAAAUUGACAAGAUAUCGCCCAAUGCUUUUGAAGGCAUGGAGAAUCUGACCACCUUGCUGCUUAACCACAAUGCCAUCCAGGACAUGGGCAACACUCUGACGGGCCUGAAGUCCCUGACUUUGCUUGAUGUGAGCAGAAACCAGUUGAAGAAAAUUCCAAAUGGCCUGCCUGCCAUGCUUCACCAGCUUUAUUUGGGCUCGAAUUCCAUUGAUGCCAUUCCAGGCGACUUCUUUAACCAUUUCACCAACCUGCAGUAUGUGCGCUUAUCCCAUAAUGCCCUAACAGAUAAGGGUAUUCCAUCUAACUCUUUUAACGUAAGUGGAUUAGUAGAACUUGACCUUUCAUUUAACAAACUGGAGAGGAUCCCAACAGUUAGCACCAGCCUUGAACACCUUUAUCUACAAGCAAACCAAAUCAAAGAGUUUUCAAUGGGCAGUUUCUGUAGUGUGGUGGAUGUGAUGAACUUCUCCAAGCUGAAGGUCUUGCGUCUGGAAGGCAACGAGAUCACACGCGGGGAUGUCCCAUCUGACUCGGCAAUGUGCCUCCGCUUUGCCUCAGAAAUCGCCCUGUAACUGCUCCAGUGGGGCGUUAGAGUGCAGUUCCUUUUAUUUUCUUUUGAUUUGUCUUUUCUGUGACCAUUUCACCAAAUAUUUAAACAUUUCUUAGUGCUUUGGUUGUUUGCUUCAUGUUUUAUGUGAAAUUUAAUACUGUUUACGUUUGUCUUUCUGCUGUCGCAGAGGAGGUUGUGGUGAUUUGUGUGUAUAGUUGGUGCAUGUGUUUUGACCUGAUUUGUGGAUGUUUGCUUCAGUAUGUGUUAUGUAUUAGCUAAGAAUAAUGUGUGCAACAUUGUUUGCAGUGUAUGUGCAUGCUGGUCUGUUUUGCAUGUUUUUAAGUGCAUUUACUCAUUUUCAAUUUAUCUGUUUACUUUCUAAUCAUGUCACUACUAAGAA